AUGUUCGAAGCAAGAUUACUAAACAGUGCUAUAUUCAAGAAGGUCUUGGAUGCUAUCAAAGAUUUGCUAAAUGAGGGCUCUUUCGAUUGUUCGGAUUCCGGUAUCCAGCUUCAAGCUAUGGAUAACUCUCACGUUUCCUUGGUAUCCUUGAACCUGAAAUCUGAUGGGUUCGAUAAAUAUCGGUGUGAUAGAAAUCUGAUCUUGGGAAUGAACCUUGCAAGUCUUGCAAAAGUGUUCAAAUCCUCUGGAGAAGGCGAUACAGUCACAAUUAAAGCCCAAGACGAUGCAGACACUGUGUCCUUCAUGUUUGAAGCAAAAAAGCAAGAUAAAAUCUCAGACUACGAAAUGAAACUCAUGAAUUUAGAUCAAGAACAUCUGGGAAUUCCCGACACUGAAUUCUCUUGUAUAAUCAAAAUGCCAUCCGCCGAAUAUGCUAGGAUUAUAAGAGACUUGUCCCAGUUUGGAGAGUCCAUCGUUAUAUCUUGCACAAAGGAAGGAGUAAAAUUCUCAGCCAGCGGCGACAUUGGUACAGGAAAUGUUAAACUGGCCCAAACCAUCAAUUUUGAUAAAGAGGAAGAUUCUGUUGUUAUCGAUAUGCAAGAACCAGUCACAUUAACGUUCGCUUGUCAAUACUUGAACUCAUUUGCCAAAGCAACACCUUUGAGUAAUCAAGUUACACUUUCCAUGUGUGACAAUGUACCAUUGGUAGUUGAAUAUGAAAUUCCUGACUUGGGAUAUUUACGUUACUAUUUGGCACCUAAAAUUGAAGAAGAUGAAAACUAA